UCUCCGCUCUCCGUGCGAGUACAUUUGGGGCACAUUCCUCACAAGAAGACAGUUAAACCGAGCCAGAGUCUCUCACUAUUCACCUAUAAUGGCUUAUCCAGCGGGUCCCGCUAUGUAUCCUGCAGUGAUGGGUAUGCAGGCCCCAGCCUUGUAUAAUCCUGUUCCUGGAUAUGAGGGGCUUGUCCCAGGGGCGAGCGGUGGCUUUAUCCCUCCUCCACCUGUCCAGCCCAUGCCAACUCCUGACUCACAUCCUGCGCAAGACUGGAGUAUUCCUGCUCUCACUAAGGAAGAUGCCAAAGAGGCAUUCUGCAAGCAUGUAGACAGCAACUGUUGCUGGUCAUCUGGCCCAGCGAAAGAUUGCACGAUUACCAACAUGGAACAGUUCAACACCUACCGUUAUCGACUGGAGACCUACACUGAGUCCAGAAAGACAGAAUGGGCCACUAAGCCUUAUGAUGGUCAGCCAGUGAAUGCUUUCACACAGCCUCCUCCUGGUCCAUGGCAAAUCCCGGUUAACCCCCCUGAAAUGUUUAAAGAUUCUGUUCAGGAAGUUGAAGUUCCCUACACCUCAUCAGUCAAGCCUUGUGAGAAGUGCUCAGCCACUGGGAAAUGUGCCUGCACUGCAUGUACUGGCUCAGGGGAUAAAGUGUGCCUGACAUGCAGUGGCUCUGGGAAAGUGUCUGGAGAGGAAAGCUGCAACGAGUGCAACGGGACAGGAAAAAAGAAGUGCAAUGAUUGCUCAGGUCAAGGAACGGUACAGUGUGCAACCUGCAAAGGGAAGCGGCAGCUGCUAUCCUACGUCAAACUCACUGUGGAAUGGAAAAACAAUGUUGAGGAUUUUAUGGCAGAGCAGGCGAGUGGUUUGAAGAUGGAGAAGCUGGAUGCUGUCAGUGGAAAGCAACUCUUUAAAGAUACCAAGUACAUGGUAUAUCCACUGCUUGGAUUCCCAGACCACAACAUGGUCCAGGCAUCUGAAAGAAUGAUUAGGGAGCAUCAGAGCAAAUAUUCUCAAUCUGCUCGCAUCCUACAACAGCAACAACGCGUGGAACUGAUUCCCAUCACCAAGGUGACCUACGAGUGGGAGGGAAAAUCCCAUGUUUACUAUGUUUUUGGUAAUGAGUCAAAAGUUAAAGCAGAUGACUAUCCAGCUACAUGCUGCUGCACUAUACUCUAAAACGUGAAGCCACAUGCCCUGGAUGGGACGCUAAACAUCAUGCAUACACCAAUAUUAGUAGUAUCUUUAUGAUGAUAUUACAACAGGUAGACUGUUAAAUUGACAGUUCAUUUUAAAAAACAGCUUUGAUUCCACUGUAUUGAAUGUACUUGACUCAAAUGUGUAAUUUCUACAUUGAUAAAACAUAUCAGCACAGUUUUGUCUUUUACUUUGUUUACUUUUGUCAAUAACUGUGCUGAGGUCAUAUACAACGAUCAGGCAUAACAUUAUGACCACCUCCUUGUUUCUAUCCUCGUUGUCCAUUUUAUCAUCUCCACUUACUAUAUAGGUGCACUUUGUAGUUCUACAGUUACAGACUGUAGUCCAUCUGUUUCUCUGCAUACUUUACUAGCCCCCUUUUACCCUGUUUACAUUUACAGCAUUUAGCAGAUGCUCUUAUCCAGAGCGACUUACAAGAAGUGCUACAAGAGUGUUCUUCAUUGUUCAGGACCAUCACAGAGCAGGUACUAUUUGGGUGAUCUGGUGGUGGUGUUAGUGUGUUGCGCUGGUCUGAAUGGAUCAGACAGCAGUGCCGCUGGAGUUUAUAAAUUAUAGAAUUAUAGAAUUAUAAAGUGCACCUAAAUGGUAAGUGGGGCUGUAAAUGGACAAUGAGCAUAAAAAAAGGAGGUGGUCAUAUUGUUAUGCCUGAUCUGUGUAUUUUAUUCAUGUGGAACUGACAUACACACUUGAAUCAUGUAAUUACAAAAACGGGUUACAUUUUUCACUGUAUGAACAAGAAUUCUGUGCAUGAUAUAUAAUGUAAAUAGUCAGUAUCAGACCCAGACCUUCACUGUGUCCAUAACUGAUUACUGAAUUGUGAUUAUGCUAUGCAUUAGUAAGGUACUAACUCAAUUUAGUAAAUUCAUCUAUUAAACAACAUAAUUUAGCAUAAAUUUAUUACAUUGCAUGUUGUAACUACUAAGAGCAACCAGUAUUAUUUUCUUGUUAGAACUAGCUGUGAGAGACCUCCUUACUUGUACUAAACCACUGUCUCUGUAUACCUUAUAUAUAACCUGUGGAGACAUAGAGAGGUCAGCACUGUAUUGAUAUACAAUAUACUUUAUACUGUAUACUGUAUCAAAAUAUGCAUAAAAAAGUGCAUUUUUAUUUUUAAAAUUUUUUAAAUUUUUAACAUCAUUUGAAAACACUAGAUAUGCUUUUUAUUGGACCCGUAGUUCAGAAUAACAUUGAAGUUAAACUUUGUAGUUGAGACUGUAUUUUUACUUCUGCAGAGUUACCAAUUAUGAGAUGCAAAACGUAAUGACAGCAGUGACAGGUAGAACUUGUUAAAACCACUAAGAUUUCUAUGAGACGUGUUCUAUCAGAAAUGUUCAGAUCUCUCAGAUAUUUUCUUUCUGACUUUCAUUUUAAAGCAUUCAGAAGAGCCAGCAUGAGGGAUUAAUAACUAGCAAACAAAUACACGGAUCAAAUUUGUUUCCUUUUCAAUUCAAGUCUCUUCCUUUCAAAGCAAUGUUAAUCAUCAAUAUAGUUGCAUCCAAACAUAAUAAAAGUAAUAGUAAUAAAGUUAAUAAAUCUCAAACAUAGAUCGCUAUGUCUGAGCAGCAUAGUGCAACCCUUUGCAGAUUGUCUACCCUUCUGUAGCAGUAGAGAUAAGCUCUCGUUUCCACAGAGGAAAUUAAAAAAAUCUUUGCAGCUGAAACGCAGUGGCCAGCUUUUGUAGAUUCUUGAAAACACAGAAGGUCGAUCACAUUUCAUGUUGGUCGUGUGGUCUAGUUGAAUUCCUGAGUGGGGUGUGGUAGGUCCCUGAAGAAUAUAUAGGCCUUUUGUGUGAAUCUGGUUUGUGCUGGUCAAGAUUGAUUGCCAGCCUAUUGCAGUUGAUUAUACUUCCCAAAAGUAUCCAGACAGCCCUCCUUACUGAAUUCAGCUACUUUAAGGUGCACCCAUUGCUGGCAUGUGGCUUGUACAGUCGUGAAGAAUGUGAAGCUCGGGUGCGUCUGCUUGUGAGAUUAAGGUUAAAUGUCCAAUGCCAAGCAUGGGCUAGAGGGGUAUAAAGCCCCCAGUGCUGGGCUCUGGUGCAGUGGAGCUGUGUUCUCUAGAGUAAUGAAGCUCCAUCUAGAACUGAUCAUCCAACAUCAGUAUUUGGUCUCACUAAUGCUAUUGUGGCUGAAUGCAAUCAAAUCCACACAGCAUAUGUUCCAACACAUAGUGUAAAGCCUUCCCAGAAGAGUAGUUGUUACUGCAGCAAAGGAGGUACUUACUCUCUAUUAAUACCCUUAACGGGGGUAUAUGUGUAGUGGGAAUAGUUAUAAUGGAGUACACUAUUAAGGAUUUGACCUAAACCACCAUGGUAACCAGGUAGCUCAUGGACUUCUUUGCUAGAAAAAGCAACAUAGACCAGCAUAUGUUGUGUUUUAGAUGCUGGUGUGCUGCGUCCUGAUUUAUUUUGCCUAUAUGUUUACACUCAUUCAGUCACAAUUAGGUAUAGUCAGUGUAUUCUAACCUCUUUUGUACUCUCUUGACCAAUGGUCAUGGAAUGGAAAUGUGAGAUAUGUGAAUUGGUGUAAUCAGUAGCAUCGAAUAAUAAUAAUCGAAUGUAAUGGCUUAAGGCCAGUGAUUAUGUUUUUUUAAUGUAGUUGUAAAUGGACAAAUAAAACUGGAAUAGCUGAAGCAGGAAGACAUGGCAUGUUUAGAAGACAAAUGAGGGGUCACAGAAGGCCAAGAGCUGAAAGAAAGAAGGUGAUUCAAAAAGAAAGAAGUGCUACAACUAUGCUAGAACUCAGCAAACUCAGGAAUUCCAUGUGAGGAUAGGUGCGGUAGUUGGGGUCCUCACCCUAGAGCAAUUAAAGAACUGAUUUCUCCGUUUUGUCAGUGGUUGCUUGCCAGAACAACUCAGGAUUAGAAUGUUUUUGUGAAACCUUGUGAAAAUGAUCUCAUUUUCUGCCACUCUUGGUGUGCAUGUGCAUUUAUGAAUUAAAAGCUGUAUUCACAUACGGGAAAAAUAUAAUCCAAAUGUGUUUAUUAGAUAGAUUUUUACAAUCUAUUAAGACAUAUACUUAUCAUUUAUUUGUCACAUAUAUGGAUUUUUUCAAUUGUACGUAACCACGGUUACAUGUAUAACUAAGUACAUAUGAAAUGUAUGAAUAUGGUAUAUGGUCCUGACUUUGCAUUAACCAUGUAUGUAUGCAGUAAGACACACAGAAUGCAUUUCAAAUAAACAAGGCAUCAAAUCAUAA